AUGUCCCGUCAGGCUGCGAGAGCCGCAGUCAGCUCCUUCGUCCCCCAUAAAUUCGCCUCAAUCCCUAUCGUCCUUGCGCCUUCUCUCCGGCCUCGACCUGCUCGGACACCUUGUCUGCCCUUCUUUCGGGAUCCCGCACAUACUGUGCCCACAAGGAGACUGUAUCGGGACCUUCUGAGGGCGACGUAUCGGUUUCCCGUCCCUCCAUCAAGCGGCGAUCAAUUUGCGCCUCAGGCAGCACUCGCAGCCGGUGCAUCAGCCGAUAUGGCCCCCGCAACAGAAGGCAGAGGUCUGGUCGGCACGAGGCUGAGAGUCAUCCGGGACUGGCACCGCCGAAGAGGCUGGACCAGUCCCUCCCAGACCCAGACCUUCCUCUCUUCGCAAUCUGCCCUCCUCACCUUACUCCACAACACCACCCCUACCUCCCCCUCAUACCCCUCCAUCCUGUCCACUGAUUUUGCACACCAUCUCAGCCACACCCGCCGACUCGCACGACUCUCCCAUGCCGCCUCUGCCCGGCAGGCGGCCCUCUCCCGCCCUCCACACCUCACAGGCGGUUUCCUCCGUCCAUCUAUCUUCAACCCCCCUCUCCCGCGCCUCCGCCCCCAGCCCCUCGGACUCAGCAUGAUGAUCCACCGCCGCCUUCGCGCGCGGGAGCGGCGCCAGGCCAAGCGGCUCGAAUGGGCGCAGUACGCGAGGGAUAUGUCGGCCGAGGUGGCGAUGUGGAGGGACCUCGGACUGGAGGAGCGGAGAGGGGGGAAGGAGGGGUAUUGGGUGGGCAGCGGGUGGAUUGUGGGAAUGAGGGAGAUGUUGAGGAUUGUGGAUGAGGGGUGGGAGGGGGAGAACAAGCGCAAGGAUAGGAUGUAUUCGGAGGGGAUGGUGAGGAGGGUAAAGAGGGCCAAGGCAAGGAGGGAGGGGUGGCAGAGAGAUCAGGCGGAGGCGAGGCGGGUGAGCGCAGAGGAGGGGGAGGUGUCCGAUAGGGAGCGUACAUGA